AGUGCCGCUGUUUCUUCUGCUGCAGAUUUUCAGCCGAAGCUAAACCCAAACAAAUGGAGGCAGCGGCGGAGCUUUGCGUCACAAACAUGAGCGAUGCGUGCAAACGACGCCGAAUAAAACCCGUGAAAUGCCCGGACAAAAACGGAGAUACAGCGUGCGCUUCCCGCCGGGGCGCGUUAAGAAGAUCAUGCAGAAGGAUGCAGAGGUGGGGCGGAUUGCGAUGGCUGUGCCUGUCCUCAUCUCUCGAGCUCUGGAGAUGUUCCUCAAGGCUCUUCUGAGUAAAACGUUUUUAAUCACACAGUCCAAAUUGAGCACAGUGCUGUCGGUCGCUCACAUGAGACAGUGCAUCGAGUCGGAGAGGCUGUUCCACUUCCUGUUGGAUUUGUUGGAGCAGAUGUCGACGGCUCAGAAGAAGGAGCCUAAAAACCUGAGCAUCUGGCCCCUGUUCAGGUCACAUGAGAAUUCUGUGAAGAAAUCCACAGGGACUUUGUACAGGCCAUCACUUCUCCAGAUUCCUGUGAAGAACAAACCAGAGGUGACAGAAACACCUCCGAGACAGAGUCUGGACUCGCUCCACGACGACUCCGACUCCAGCGAGCCUGACCUUGUCAUUUGUCUCUGAGUCACUUUUAUAAA